UGGAGCAUCGCCGGUUGUCAAGAGAGAAGGUUCCGGAAGCUGCGUCCGGUUCGAAUGGCAGCCAUGCCCAGCUCCCUUCUGUGGGCUGUAGAUGUACAUGGCAGAGUGUAUACUCUUUCUACGGCCAGCCAGUACUGGGAGUUGUGCAAAGAUGCAAGUUUAGAAUUUAAGAGACUGGCAGCUGUCAAGCAGUGCUGUUGGGGAAUUGCAUGCGACCAACAAAUCUACCUCUAUGUCCAUUUGAACGAGGUUCCAAUCCGAUACCAAGAAGAGACCUAUGAAAAUCAGCGCUGGAAUCCCGUGGAUGGUUUCAGUGACCACCUGCUACCCAGUGACCGCUGGCAGUGGAGUGAUAUUACGGGAUUGAAGCAUCAACCGCUCACUGAAUUUAAGCUUGCAUCACAGCACUGGGAGUGGGAAUCCAACUGGUAUGUGGAUGAAAAUAUUGGAGGAGAGCCUACAGAGAAAGGGGGUUGGACUUACGCUAUCGAUUUUCCUGCCACUUAUACCAAAAACAAACGGUGGAACUCUUGUGUGCGUCGGCGCCGAUGGAUCCGAUACAGAAGGUAUAAGUCGUGCAACACAUGGGCGAAGAUUCCUUCACAAAAUACCGGACCGCUACCAGAUCCUUUUCAUGACAUUGCUGUAGGAGGAUGGGAAAUCACUGAUGAGCCUUUAGGACAUCUUUCAGUCUGGGCAGUGACUGUGCAAGGGAAGGUAUUUUACAGAGAAGACGUAAAUGAUCAGAAUCCUGAGGGUUCAUCAUGGACUGAAAUCCAGAGCCUCGGGGAAGUAGUUCAGAUUGCCUGUGGACCGGGUGACCUUGUGUGUGCUGUACUAUGGGAAGGUCAGCUAAUGAUGAGAAAAGGAAUAAACCGGGAGAACCCUAAAGGGAAUUCUUGGCAGAUUGUUGAACCACAAAACUCUGGAAAUGGUUUUGUCCAGGUCUCAGUGGGUGUCAACGUGCUGUGGGCUGUAACACGGGACAGAAAGGUUUGGUUUAGAAGAGGUGUCUGUUCUGAGAAUCCUGUUGGAACGGGUUGGAUUUGCAUGAAUAUAGAGAUGAUAAUGGUGAAUGUAGGAUUAAAUGACCAGGUUUGGGGAAUUAGUUCUGAAGACCGCAGUAUCUAUUUUCGGCAAGGUGUAACACCGACUGAAUACAGUGGAAAGGCUUGGAAAGUAAUAGCAGCAAACCGAGAUCAGGACCGAUCUUCCUGCGCAGGCAGUGCCACCAGUCUUGCAAGUGCUGGGUGCUUCUUUGGUGAUGAAGGUGUAGCAAAAGGAACUGAAAACAUUCUUGAAACAGUUGAGAGAGUGAGGUGUUCCCACAACAAUCCAGAUGGAGACUGUGAUGUUGCUUCUUCCUGUCCUCCCAUCGAGUCAAAAUGUGAUGCUGUGGCGAGUGUAUUUGAGAACAUCUCAUUAAAUGAAGAAUCUUCAGAAAAGUGCACUGAGCCUGGUUUUGAACCAACUGCUGCCCAGUCCUGGUUGGCAGACCAAAGGCAGUCUCUGCAGGAUGAUGCUGAAUUGGAUAUUGCUCACUCUGAUUCAAGCCCAGUGAGCUUGGACUUGGCUGAAACAUCCAGCGUUUCAUCAGCGGCAAUCUAUCCUUUCGGAAUUGAGGAGCAUUAUGUGUCUGAUGAGCGCCCACUCUGGGCCUGGCUCAGUGGAGGAGGAUGUGACGUAGAGGCUCACACCCAGCUGAACUGGUUCAAUGUCCAGUCAGUGCAGCCAUUCUCCAUACAAUCGUUCUCUAUGCCCAGUAGUUGUCCACAGCAGACGGUUUGGCGGAAGCAGAUUGUUCAGCAGUUAAUUGAGCGGUCCAAACGAGAAGUGGAUGAUUUUAAACAUUACGAGCAGGCUGUGGAGCAGUCUGUGUGGAUAAAGAAGGGAACAAUGAAGUGGUGGAGAGAUGGGAAGCCACACAAAUGGGCAGAUGUCAAAGUAGCACUGGAACAGUUCACAGGCAACGAUGGGAAGCGGGAUGGAAUAUUUUUCAUAUACUACACAUACAACGAUGAGAAAAAGUAUCUUCACCUCUUCUUAAAUGAAGUUACAAUUUUAGUCCCGAUUGCAAAUGAAACAAAACACUCCUUUGCAAUUUACACUCCAGAAAGGACAAAACAGAGGUGGCCGAUCAGGUUGGCAACAGUUACUGAGCAAGAAAUGUACGACUGGCUUGCUGUCUUGAGUCUAGCAUGCUGUGACAGUAGGGGAAUCCAGGGACCCCCGUCUCAUCAGGCCCUUUGGUCUGUCACGUGCAAAGGUGAUGUCUUUGUCAGUGAGCCAAGCCCAAAUCUGGAAGCAACACCACAUCCUAUGCCAAGUGACCAAUUAUAUUGGCGCCAAAUUGGAGGACAUCUCCGCUUGGUUGAGUGCAACAGUCAAGGAAUUGUAUGGGGCAUUGGAUAUGAUCACACCGCCUGGGUUUAUACUGGUGGCUAUGGAGGUGGCUUCUUUCAAGGACUGACUGGCAGUAUAGAUAACAUUUAUACUCAAUCUGAUGUAAUGUGCGUUUACAUUUAUGAAAACCAGCGUUGGAACCCUCUCACUGGAUACAGUAGUAGGGGGCUGCCGACUGAUAGGUACAUGUGGAGCGAUGCCUCGGGUCUUCAGGAGUGCACCAAGGCGCACACAAAGCCUCCUUCACAAUGGACAUGGGUGUCCGACUGGUAUAUUGAUUUUAAUGCACCUGGCGGGACUGACCGUAAUGGGUGGCAGUUUGCAGCUGACUUCCCUGCGUCCUACCAUGGAUACAAGACGAUGAAAGAUUUUGUGCGGCGGAGGCGCUGGGCUAGGAAGUGUAAAACUGUUACAACAGGUCCGUGGUUUGAGGUCGCACCGAUAGCUCUGCGGGACCUCUCACUGAUCCCAUCUGUGAGUCAGGGUGCAGAUGACCAAGUAGCCUUGUGGGCCAUUAGCAGCAAAGGGGAUGUCUUGUGCAGGAUGGGAGUAACCAAGCAAAAUCCAAUGGGUGUUUCAUGGCUGCACAUCGGUACAGAUCAGCCAUUUGUGUCGAUUUCUAUUGGGGGCUAUUACCAGGUCUGGGCCAUUGCCAGGGAUGGAUCAGCUUUCUACCGGGGUUCGGUUUCCCUACAAAACCCUACAGGUGACUGUUGGUACCACAUUCCUCCACCUCCCAAACAAAAGCUGAUACAGGUGUCCGUAGGAAGGACAUCGGUGUGUACAGUGGAUGAAAGUGGUAAUUUAUGGUUUCGUCAGGGUAUUUCUCCAAGUUAUCCUCAAGGAUCAGUCUGGCAACACGUUUCUACAAACGUUCGUAAGGUUUCUGUUGGUCCUCUUGAUCAGGUUUGGAUAGUCGCUGAUAAGGUUCAAGGCAGCCACAGCUUGAGCUGUGGGACAGUGUGUCAUCGGCUGGGUGUUCGGCCACAAGAAGCCAUUGGUAGCUCUUGGGAUUAUGGCAUUGGAGGUGGCUGGGAUUACAUCACUGUCAGAGCCAACUCUUUGGACCCUUCACACAGUCGUGCUCCCAAAGGACCUGAUAAUGAGCCAGUGAAGCUGACUACUCAGAAUGGAACUGCAGGCACCAAAUCUAAAAACAGUCUAAUAAUCGAACAACAUGAACUUGAUCAAAGUGCUGCCAGAUGCUGACGGUUUGUACCACAACGUUGCAUGUUCUGUUUGGUGUUGUUAUUGGUCGAAGCAAUGACUGAUCUUUCCCAGAACAACUCUGAGACGAGUCACUGCAUUAAGUAAGUAGAAAAGUGCUGUGAGUUUUUGUGUUAGCUAUGUUUAGCGUCAUUUUGCACUUUGGGCUCCAAAAUGCCUGUCACUCUGAACUCCAGUAACAAGAAUGUAGCACAGUUGGGUUAGACUGUAUGGCACUGAAAUAUCUAAGACAGCACAGUGUUGGUUUCCAUUCCAGUGCAAUGUUAACCAAACAGCAAUACAUCAGUAAUUCAGUCUGUUUUCAGCAUUGAAGGCCUAAUAAUAUUAUCAAUCCCAGCAACUUGCAAGACAGAAUAAACCACAAUGUAUUUUGCGGUGGUGCCUGUUACCAUGUCUGAAUGAGGAUGGGACAACUCACAAGUAUGGCCUAAACCUUUUAAAGCCCAUCAAAGCCACUUCGCAGAGUGACACAGAGGAACCGGUUCCACUCUAGUGAUGCAUGUCUCUGCUGAAACAAUAGCUAGCACUGGAAGCAUUUUAAAACGGGCCAGUCCGCUUUGGGUCACAGAAGUAUUCACUCCAAAUGCAUGUGCAAUAUAUUUAGUGCAAGGUCAGUAGUUUUGAUUGCAGUAUUACAUGGACAGCUUGGGUCCCUGAGGUGGUUCUCGGUGCAGAGAAGCGCCAGCUUUAAUGUUGCUGUGUGUUUCAUCUGGUGGAACUUAACUAAAAUUAACCAUUACAGCCAAACGGCCUGUUUCUGUGAUAUACAAUCUAUGUAGCAACAACGAUCCAGCAGAUUCUAUGGUUUGUUGUUCUCUUGAAAGUUAAUGUUGGCCAAAAUGGAAGUUAAACCAGGUACAAACUCUCCGCAUGUCAAUGUAGACCAAAUGUUCCUGUAUAAACUUUUUGGAAUUAUGCAGGAAUUUUGCCCAUGAGUUGGGAAUUGGAUAACUCCUGGGGCAGGGUGUUUCCAGCACGACCCAGAAGGAAACUGUGCAACAACUGGAGAAGUGAAAUGCCAAUUACAAUAGGAUCCCAUUGAGUACUGAGUCUGUAAAAGCAAAAGAUGCUGGAAAUCUGAAAGACAAAGGAAACUCUGCAGGUCAGGCUGUAUUACUGGAGAGAGAAACAGCCAACGUUUCAGGUCCAUGACCUUUCAUCAAAGCCGAUGGAGAUGUUGGACCCGAAACAUUAACACUAUUUUCUCUUUCAAUAUGCAGACUAUCUUGUAAAUAAAGGAGAGCUAAUUGGCCAUGAUGGGUUGGCUAAAGUUGCAUCCUUCUCACCACGGCCAUUGUUUUAUACCCCAAAGAAUUGGCACCCAGGGUGUCCCAUGGAGCAAACGCUUCCUGGGGAUUCUGACAGAGCGUCAGUUUAAGACCAGGACAUCCAGUGUUGUGGAUGUUAUGAUACAAAAUCCUAGCCCAUGCUUCCGGCCAGCUUUAAAAGUGAAGAGGCUUGACCAGUGCAUUAACUACUGAAUGUUGUAUUGUGAGAUUACAUUGAUAUUUGCACCAGUGUUAUCUUAGUGUUCAUGUCGAAUGUCUGGCACAGAAAUACUUGCUCCAACUGAUCUAUCCAAUGGUUAUGCUCCAGAGAAACUUCUCUCUCACUCCGUCUCCACAUCCGUCUGUUUAUUAUUCCAAUUUUCCCCUUCUCCCCGUCCCCCCACGUUAACCUCUAUUAUUCUUGUGGGAGUGACUUACACAUACUCACUGUGAUCUGAUCAGAAAACUUCCACCUGAAUUUAUUGAUGGCUGCUUUUUAUUUAUGGCCCUGCCUUUGGUCUCCCCACUAUGUAGCCAGUUGCUAAUUACUAGGGAAUUCAAUCCCUGGUGGUGAGAUAAAUCUUCAGUUUGUUCUGUCGGUUGCCAUCCUUGAAGAUUUCUCUCAUGGCUGAGGCUUAAUGUUUACUUACAAUGCAGCCGUGAUUACACUCCUCCCUCUCCCCUCACUCGGCACCCAGACCUGCACAGAUUUUCUUUUCCUGAUACUCUACGAUGUGCUAAGAUUCCCCCACACUUUUUGGAAUUAUGCAGGAAUUUUGCCCAUGAGUUGGGAAUUGGAUAACUCCUGGGGCAGGGUGUUUCCAGCAUGACCCAGAAGGAGACUGUGCAACAACUGGAGAAGUGAAUUGCCAGUUAACUAGCCUGGGGAGCUAAAUUCGAUAUAGGUCUGUUUGGGCUGUGUUUUAUUAAUGGUUGAGUCUUUUUGUUUUGCAUGUAUUGCCUUGUGGCAUUGUGAUACCCAAGCACAUCAAGUUAGAGGAUGAGAGCAAUGUGGUAGGAACAAACUGUCCUCUUGAACCACUCACCCAUUCAAAUCUCAUUGGGAAGCUUUGAAGAUAUUUUCUUUGAGCUUUUCAGCUCACGCAGAAAUGAAUACUCUUUACUGCUUCAGUGUGUUUUAAAGGGAACAGUUUUGCAGUUAGUGGUCGUACCCUCCCCCCAACAGUGUUUGAGGUUGUCCCGGUGUUAAACAUUAUUCUGUUCUAUAGCAUAUUUGAACCUUUUAUGCCUCAUCAGGUUGAAUGUCUUGAAUGGUAUGGUAGUAGCAGUUGGAAGUGGCUGCAUUGGUAACUGACACACAUGUUGCUGGAGUCGAUGAUUUAAGUGCUGAAGAUUAUUUCAUAAACCUUGCUUGUGAAAAGACAUCUCCUCACUGUUAAACUCAAAGCCGAAGUCUAGCCUCUAGUCGUGACUUUGUUAUUUGAGUGUCUGUCAUGGUUUUACCAGCCAGGUCCAUGGCCUGAUGACAAGUCUUUUGAUAAAUGGUUUGCCUCACAGUUCGCCAUGCUUUGACACGUGACCAGAUUACGAUUCUUAAUCUGCAUCCAUCCCACACCUCUGGCAAAAGUCCAGGGUAACAAUGAGAUGCGUGAGUGGCUUGGACAAACGAUCAAACUGAGGCCUUGUUUGCUUUCCCGGGUGGGCACUAACGAUACAGAGAGCUGGGGAGUUCUCCUGGGACCAAUAUUUAUCCCUGAACCAAAAAAACGCUAAACCUGGUCAUAAAUAAUCAUGUUGCUGUUUGUGGGAGUUUGCUGAGUACAGACUGUCUGCAUCAUAAUAGCAAUGCUUUUCCAUUGUGAAGGAUGUGACAAGGUCAUGAAAGAUGCUACAAAAAUGUUGGUUCUAUUUUCAUGUUGGGUCUUAUGGAAAUCUGAACUGCUUUGAGAGAAACUAAGUAUAUUCCUGUUUUAGUUUUAAACUCUUAAAGACAUUAUCUACCAAAAUAAAUCACUGCUGUGGAAAUUACAGUCAAUUGUAGGGAGCUAGAAACUAAACAAUUGUCACACUUCGCUCUACCCCUUCACCCUGCAUUGGCUUCUUCACAGUCCUGCUCUCCCUGGUUGAAGGCCUAGAGUUAACUAGGGGGUCUGUUAUAACAGAUGCUGUGUCUGAAGAUCAGUGCUUCUAAGUAGACAGCAUGCCCCAAAAACCAUAUAAGCUGUGGUUUUAAACAAGCUACUCUUUUUGUCGCAUUCUUAAUCACUUGUUCAUGACUCAAUUCUCCAUCUCCAAGAGACAGUGUUAAAUACUUCCUAUUGAACCACUUGGCUCCAGAACUUUUGCUGUACCUUUCUCAGGAUUUUCUACAGGUUUUGUCGCCUCUGCACCUAUUCUUUCUUACACAAUUGAUCGAAUCUCCUCUUCAAUCCUAAUUUCAGCAGUAAUCCAAAGCAUGCUAAGAGGAAUAGAUAGUGGACAGCCAGCGCCUCUUUCCCAGGGCACCAGUGCUCAAUACAAGAGGGCAUGGCUUUAAAGUAAUGGGUGGGCAGUUCAAGGGAGAUAUCAGAGGAAGGUUUUUUACCCAGAGAGUGGUUGGGGCAUGGAAUACGCUGCCUGGGGUGGUGGUGGAGGCAGGUACAUUGGUCAAAUUCAAGAGAUUGCUAGAUCAGCAUCUGGAGGAAUUUAAAAUAGAAGGAUAUGUGGGAGGAAGGGGUUAGAUAGUCUUAGGUGAGGUUUAAGGGUCGCCAUGGCAUUGUGGGCCAAAGGGCCUGUAUUGUGCUGUACUUUCUAUGAUCUAUGUGUCAUUUUUACAGAGAUCUUCUGACUAUGAUAAAGUUUGCUCUUGGUUCCAAGUGGACUUGGUGAUGGUAUUGCAUCAGUCCUGAAUACAUUUGCCCCUGAAAUACUCAUUUGGCAAAUGUGAGUGUCCUGUCUGUGAGCAAGAUCAUUCUGUCACAGAGCUGAUCUGGAUCAACUUUUUAAUCUUGCUGUUAUCCUUCAUUCCUGUGGAUGUUCUUCGAUAGCUCUCUUCUGUCAGUUACUUCACACUCCUAUUACCGGGGAGAAGUGCUAUCACACUGGAACGGAUAUAAGUGAUAUCCAACAUCUGAGAAUUCAGCCAAGUGGUCUGGUUGUGGAGCCAAUGUAAGCAAACAGCAAGACCUAAUGCUCUGCUUUGGUGCCGGAACAAGUGGGGUAUUGAAUGAUCUUUUCUCCGAUGCCACUGCAUAGGGCUAGCCAGAGGAUCUUGCCACACACUUGCGGGUUGGACUUCAGUCCUAAAGAGAUUGAAAGCACUAUCCUUAGUACGAUCUUCAUUAAUUGUUGAAUCUUCCCUGGGGAGCUUGACCUUUGAUGAUUUCAAUGGUAUAGGGAGCGUUUGAAGGAAGGACUCAGUUAAUUAGCUGCACCAGUUAAAUUAGCUUCUAAUCAUAUAGUAGGUAUAUUCUACAUCUGUGCUUUGGACCCAAAUGUGUUGUAUAUGGUUAUAUUUUGAUUUUUUGCUCAGAAGGUAUCCAUUGAUUGCUAUCCUGAACACUGCACUGUAGGAUUGCUACACUGUAGGAUGGGAGGGUGAUGGUGUGGGAUAUUAGCACUGUCAUAAACCUUUUGGGUAAAAUGGUAUGUUUUUGUGCUGUGACCUCUGUGUGAGGCAAACUUUAGGGAAUUUAGAGAACUGGAGGAAUAAAUUAUUUGGGACCAGAUGUUUAAAAAUCAUGUUAGGAGAUUUAUUUUCGAUGUCUGAGAUGUUUGGUUGAAAAAACCCUCCAUUUAAUAGCUAUUGUACAGGCAUUCUCUGAAAAUCACCUCUUUUAGAUCACUUACUUCAUUUGUGAUGUACAAAUAUUUUAUCUUAACCACACUUUGGAAAAGAUGGGUAGUCUUCUUAAAAAUAAUGUGAAACAGAAGGGCCAGUAUUGCUGACUGUUGCUGCUGCUUUCUUUAUCGUCUGUGUUUUUGUUAAGAAGUCAUGUUACUGUAUUUGGAACGUACAUGAAGCCAGCAAUUGGAAGCAUUUGUGAACCAAUCAUCCCUGAUAAACAAUGAACACUCAAAUCCCCAAAGCAGAAAUGGUGCUCUGACUGUUGAAUCCAUUCACCCAUGGGAUUGAUUUCAAUGGAGAUAAAUCAGCCAUAGCUGGUGCCCUACUUAAAUUGUAAUAUUGCUGAAAUUGUGAAUCUCACAAAGUCAGGCCUCUAAUGCAGUGAGCCUGAUUUGUCCCACCCUCAACCCCACCUCUCAAAGUCACCAAGCACUCCUACACAAUGUGGCUUCCAUCCUGAUUGUUCCUGUGACCUCUAUCGUUCAUAUUUAUUGAACUUUGCUAAUUGCCACUAAAGUAAUUACAACUUUUCUCAAGUUUUUGUCUGUUUUCAUUGCAACUCAGCUGCAGUAUUUUUGAAGUCCAUCCAGCAAUUUAAGUAGGGCCUUAGCCAUAAUUCUAUUGGAUUUUGAUUUUCAAAACUAGAUUCAUUUUCCUGAGCUUUACAAAAGGUAAGAAUGCUAAGACAAAAGGUUGCAGAAAUCAGUGGCUCUCUAGAAUUUACAUGACAUUAACAAACUAUUUGUAUUAAAUGGUGUGAUUGAAACAUUGAAAAGUUCUGUGAAUUUUAUGUGGAAUUUAUAUUUGUCAUCUUUUUAAAGUGAUUUUGUUCAAUUUC